GAUUUCGUGUAGCUCCAACUCAGGAGAGGGAGCGCUGAAGGAGCAAACGACCUGCUGCCAACUUCAUCUGGAGCAUGUUUCAGCACUCUGCAAGAUACAGCGCCAUACGCAACGCCGAUCGUCUCUGAAAGCAAAACGUUUGCAAAGAAAUCUAAGAAGUUGACGGCCUUGGGGAGGGGGAAAUGCGAUUAUUUUCGGUCCAGGAUCUGGGCAUGGAGUUGUACCUGGUGGCGGCGGUGCUGUUUGCAGUCGUAGUCCCGGGGCUGGGGCAGGAGAAGGACUACACGGUGCGGGAGGAGCUGCCCGAGAACGUGCUGAUCGGCAACUUAGUACGGGACCUGAAUCUCAGCGACGCCAACCUGCCGCUCAUCUUCAAGCUGGUGUACAAGACGGGAGACACGCCGCUGAUCCGAGUGGAGGACAGCACCGGCGAGCUCUUCACCACCUCGCACCGCAUCGACCGGGAGAAACUCUGCGCCAACAUCUACAGCGAGACCCGCUGCUUCUACGAGGUCGAGGUGGCCGUGCUGCCCAACGAGGUCUUCAAACUGGUCAAGAUGAGGUUCCUGAUCGAGGACAUCAACGACAACGCUCCCCUCUUCCCUUCCACCGUGAUUAACAUCUCCAUUCCCGAAAACACCGUGGUCAAUUCGCGUUACUCCAUCCCCUCCGCCGUAGACCCCGACGUGGGAGUCAACGGGAUUCAGCACUACGAGCUGUUGAAGGGGCAGAAUGUCUUCGGUCUGGACAUAAUCGAGACUCCCGAGGGCGACAAGUGGCCCCAGCUGAUCGUGCAGCAGAACCUGGACAGGGAGCAAAAAGACACUUAUGUGAUGAAGAUUAAAGUGGAAGACGGUGGGGUCCCACCGAGGUCGAGCACUGCCAUCCUCCAGAUUACCGUGACUGAUGUAAAUGACAAUCGUCCUGUGUUUAAGGAGAGUGAGAUUGAAGUCCACAUCCCAGAAAAUGCUCCCGUGGGCACCUCGGUGAUCCAGCUCCACGCCACCGACGCUGACCUUGGCCCUAACGCAAUUGUCCGUUUCUUCUUCAGUAACCAGGUGUCUGCUUUGGCCAGGAGGCUCUUCACCAUCGACAGCACCAGUGGCCUGAUCACAGUGAGGCAGCCCCUGGACCGGGAAGAGUUUCCAGUUCACAAGCUAACUGUCCUGGCCAGCGAUGGCAGCUCGACUCCGUCCAGAGCUGUGGUCACCAUUAACAUCACAGACGUUAACGAUAAUGUGCCGACCAUUGACACCAGGUACAUAAUUAACCCCGUUAACGGUACUGUCUUGCUGUCUGAAAAUGCUCCGCUCAAUACCAAAAUUGCACUGAUCACAGUUACAGACCAGGACUCUGAUUUAAAUGGGAAAGUCACCUGCUUUACUGACCACGAUGUCCCAUUUCGUUUGAAGCCUGUGUUUGAUAAUCAGUUCUUAUUAGAAACUGGAGCCCUGCUAGACUAUGAGAACACAAAAGAAUACACUAUUAAGAUAGUGGCAUCUGAUGCAGGCAAACCACCGUUAAAUCAAUCAGCCACUGUGGUGAUUAAACUGAAGGAUGAGAAUGAUAACGCUCCUGUUUUUAAUCAGCCCAUAAUUGGGCUGUCAAUUCCUGAAAAUAACACCCCUGGUACACAGUUAACAAAAAUCAGUGCUACUGAUGCGGACAGUGGGAAGAAUGCAGAGAUUACUUACCUCUUGGGUCCCAAUGCCCCAUCCAUCUUCAGCGUGGAUCGGAGAACCGGCAUCCUGUCAGCUAUGAGGAGAUUAGACAGAGAGAAGCAAGACCGUUAUGUCUUUACCGUACUAGCCAGGGACGGUGGCAAGCCCUCUAUUCAGAGCAAUGCUACUGUGAUUUUGACUGUGUUGGAUCAAAAUGACAACAGCCCUUCCUUCACACACAGUGAAUACAAUUUCUAUGUGCCUGAAAACUUGCCCAUGUAUGGAACUGUUGGACUUAUCACAGUCACUGAUGCAGAUGCAGGAGGUAAUGCAGCUGUUAGUCUUUCUAUACUGAAUGAUAAAGGCUACUUUAUAAUUGAUCCCACCAGUGGGGUUAUCAAACCUAAUAUUACAUUUGACAGGGAGCAGCAGAGUUCUUAUACGUUUCAAGUCAAAGCUGUCGAUGGAGGUAGGCCUCAACGAACUUCAGUGGCGAGAGUGACUAUAAAUGUUGUUGAUGUAAAUGAUAACAGCCCUGUGUUUGUGUAUCCUUCCUCUAACUUUUCAUAUGAACUCGUAUCUACUUUUGCUAACCCUGGCUCUGUGGUGGGAAAGGUUUUUGCCAUUGACAAUGACACGGGGAUGAAUGCGGAACUUCGCUACAGCAUAGUCAGUGGGAAUUCCAGAGGGCUCUUUGCCAUUGAUCCAAUGACUGGCAACAUUACCCUGCAGGAAAAAGUGACAACAGGAGACCAUGGCUUAUACAGGCUGGUAGUGAAGGUCAUUGAUUUGGGACAGCCAGAAUCCCUGCAUGCCAUAGCACUUGUGCAUUUGUUUGUGAAUGAAACCAUCAAUAAUUUUACAUAUGUCCAAGACCUGGUGCGGAAGAGCAUGGAGACCCCUUUGGAUAAGAAUGUUGGGGAUAGUCAGAUGACCCCUCAGACCAAUGAUUACAUUAAAAUUGUUAUUGCCAUCAUAGCUGGGACCAUGACUGUCAUUCUUGUCAUUUUUGUUACUGCUUUGGUACGAUGCCGCCACACGCCAAGACAUAAGGCUGCGCAGAAGGGGAAACAGAGUGGGGAGUGGGUUUCCCCCAAUCAGGAGAACAGGCAGAUUAAGAAAAAGAAACGAAAGAAGAAGAGGUCUCCAAAGAACCUCCUUCUGAAUUUUGUUACCAUUGAGGAGUCCAAACCAGAUGACCCUGCCCACGAGCACAUCAAUGGUACCUUGGAUCUUCCAGUGGAAUUGGAGGAUCAGACUAUGGGGAAGUAUAACUGGGGCACAACACCUACCACUUUCAAACCUGAUAGCCCAGAUCUUGGAAAACACUAUAAGUCUGCCUCACCCCAGCCCUCCUUUCAAAUCAAGCCUGAAACUCCAGUGCCCGUGAAGAAGCACCAUGUCAUCCAAGAGCUACCGCUGGAUAACACGUUUGUGGUGGGCUGUGACUCCCUGUCCAAGUGUUCCUCGAGCAGUUCUGACCCCUACAGCGUUUCAGAGUGCAGUUGUCAGGGUGGCUUCAAGACUGCAGGGCCAAUCCACACCAGACAGUCACAGCGAAGGGUUACAUUCCACCUCCCUGAUGGCUCUCAGGAAAGCUGCAGUGACAGUGGGUUGGGAGACCAUGAACCCAACAGCAGUGCCAGUACUUCACACCCUCUGCCUCUCGGCUUCCCGCAGGAAGAGUACUACGAGCAAGCAUCCCCUAACAGCAGGACUGAAGGUGAUGGCAACUCGGACCCUGAGUCCAGUGUUGAGGUGUCUCUACAGAAAGUGCUGACUGAAGCCUCGGAGACUUGCACACAGGAGUGCCUCGUCCUCGGUCACUCUGACAACUGUUGGAUGCCCCCAUCGCUGACUCAGUGCCAGCAGCCAAACCCUCCCCUGUCAUCUAUUGGAUUUCAGCAGAGCUGGGCAAGAGGCGGCAGGUCAGAAGGGCGGCACACCCUAGGGAGGGCCAGCAGCAAGGACGACCUCGAUAAAAGCCAAGGUAGUGGCAGGCAACAGCUGUACAAUGGCUCGGAGAGACAGUCCAACGCCGAGGACCCUGUGAAGGUCAUUCCCCUGGCAAACUUUACACCGGCCCAACAAGGGUCCGUGUCUGGCAGCAACUCUACCUAUGUCCAUGAGCACCAACUUUAGAAAACACCUCAAGCAAUCUUUGGCAAGCACUGAAGCCAGAAUGUACAUAGCCACUGCUUUCAGUUCACGUGGAGCCAACAUGCCAAAUUAGGAGAGCUGGCUUUGCAGUACAGAACACUUGCAAACAACUGUAUGCUUUAGUAAGGCAGGCCUUCAUUGUGAGUAGAAUUUGAAUCUGCGAAUCAACAGCUUCUUCUGCCAUUUCAUUACAAGCAACAACAAAAAAUGGUGGAAAUAUUUUCAUGGGUUGUUAAAUUGCACCAAAGUCAAUGGCAAACUGGAAGGAACUAUCUUUCUGGGGCUCAUAAUGUCUGACAAACUUGGACAUCCAGCAUGUAAACAAACUGGUUGAAAGCAAUGUUUUUACUUUCAAUGAUCUUCUCAGAGCAGUUUUACCUGCCUAAAUGUACAAUUGCAAUUCUUUGAUGUGUUAUAAUUAAAGGACCCCACUCGGCUGUACAGUGAUGAUUUGCAUGAAUCAUCUGAUUUCAAGAAAAACACAAUGAUGUACACAUGGCCUCUACCAUGGAACUCUAUAAACUCUGUCAGUUCUACUCUGGUCAGGGACAAGAAUACAUUCAUUCAGCAGGCGAUCUGGUGAUAUCAUGUUUUUUUUUCCCUACCUCUUUGGGUGAUGGAUCUGCUCAAAACAUGAGCACAGCUUUGUAUUAAAUAGCACUCCAUUCAGGAACUCAUCUCAGUCAGAAGGUCCAGCAGGUUUGAGGAACAAUCUUCCUUGGCCUUAGAGCCACAAUAUCUGGUGUUCGACCCUUGAACAAUCAAAUAUAAAAUUCUUUGCAAUGUAGGUCUUUUUAAUGUCAAAAGGAUUGAAUGCCAUUAUGUGUGCAGCUCACAUAGAGUAUAUGUAGAAUAAUAGUUUGAAGCUAAUGUAUCAGAAAUAUAACAUGCAUUUUAUACUUAAAACUUAUAUACUUAUAGGUAAAUUGGAAGUGAUCUGAUAUUUCUAUAUUGUAUCUUUGAUUUCUGAAUUAGAUUGGAGUACAGAUUGCUCAUCUUAAAGUGGGAUACUCUGCUUAAAAUCUUAAAGGAGUUCAAAUCUUACCAGCUCCUGCAAGAUAAAUUGUUCAACUCUCUGGAGCAUUACUGUGUCUUAUAGCUGAAUCCUGCAGGACAUUCGCAGGUGAUCUAAAAUAUGUAACUGAUGAGAGGGGUAGGUGAAGUUUGACACUGAAACCUUCAAGUUGCACCUGCAAAUUAUACUGAAGAAUUGAAGCACUACCCUCUCCACUUAGAAGUUCACAUUUUAAUACCAAAUGGCUUGCUACUAUCUUGUGAGGUGAAAGGAGGAACCUCAUGUUUGUUAUGUCAAAUCAGGUAACAUGCACAAUUUCCAGAUUAUCUGGAUGUAUGACAAUCGAAGGAAGCAUUCAGCAAGGGAAAGGGGAAGAAAAUGAAGACUUUAUGGAGUUUUAUUUGGGAUUACUGUAUGUAGAGUUUAUCUAACUAGUCAUGCAAAGCUAUAAAAAUACUACAUUAAAUCUGCUGUAUGAUGACUGCUUGUAAUACAAUGGAAUUUGCUAUGUAUAUUAGAUGUGGGGAAUUUUUGCACCAUAAAAUGGUGAUUAUGCAGAAAGCUUAUUGUGCUGUUUAUGUGCCCAACAGGUAUAGGUAGCAUUGUAAUUUGUCAAAUGUUGUCUCACAGUAAUCUGUUCAAAUCACAGGCAGUUACAGUGUGCAAAAGAGCGCCACCUUAUUAAACAGUUACUUUAAUCACUGAAUGAUGAAAAAGCAUUAAAAAUGUCUUGUCUAAUAAUUUUAACUAUUUCUUGAUAGUGCUGGUAGUUUUAGGAUAUGAGAAUAUUUGUUAUUAUUUGUGCAAAGCAUUGCAGUUAAAAUUGCAUGUUAUCAAUGAACAAUGGUUAACCCUUCCAGAACUGACUUUGCCGAUGAAUUACCUGUAGGUUGAUGAUUUGCUUGAAAAAAAUAUUUAGGAAGUGGGGAGGUGGGGGGGGGGGAAUCAAUAGGA